AUGAUGGAUGCGUUCAUGGAGUGGAAAUGGGGGCUUGCAGUGCACUUUGCAUGCGUCUCGGGGGCGGCGCACGCACGCGCUCUCCCUCCACUUCCUUUGACUCCCUCCGCUUCCUCCCUGGCGGGGUGCGCCGCCGCCGCCGCCACCGCCUCACAGUUUGCUGCUGGCCUCCGCCAUAAACGACCGUACCUCCUUCAUCUGCGCCUGCGUGAUCGCCCCGGACUGUCGCCAGAGCGGCAGCAGCUGCGAGAGCGUGACGACCGCCUCCAGGUCGUAGCCGAGGCCCCCGAGAAACUGCUUCGCCCCCAUCUCCCGGUCAAUGAGGACCACGAUCGACACAAUCUCCAGCCCGGCCGCCUUGAGCUUCUCAAUCGCCUCCACCUUCGU